AUGAACACAAAUGGAUUGCAGGGAACAGAAACUGAUGGAUUGCAGGGAACAAAAACUGAAGUGAAUGCAGAUGGGGGUGAGGGAAUAAGAACUGAAGUGAAAUCUAAUGUAGUGCAGGACGUAGAAACUGAAGUAAUAUCUAGAAAAAGGAAUCGGAAAGGUGAGAAACAGAAUCUAGGUGAAGCUGGUGCUGACCCGCACGAGGGUGUUGAGAAAUUUGAUGGUAGUGAUCCUAGUGAACAGAAUAAAGGGGAUGAUAGCAAAGCAGGUGCUACUGGGUUGCAGGGAACAAUAACUGAAGUGAAUGCAAACAUGUUUGAGGGAACAAAACCUGAAGUGAAUGCAAGUGUGUUGCAGGGAACACAAACUGAAGUGAAUGCAGACGGGUUGCUGGGAUUAAGAACUGAAGUAAAUGUAAAUGGAGUUCAGGACAUAAAAACUGAAGUAGUAUCUAGUAAAAGGAAACUGAAACCUAAGAAAAAGAAACUAGGUGAAGGUGGUGAUGACUCCAAACAGGUUGUUGAGAAAUUUGGGAGGAGUGCUCCUAGUGAACAGAAUAAAGGGGAUGGUAACCAAGCAGGUUCUACUGGGUUGCAGGGAACAAUAACUGAAGGAUGUACAAAUGAAUUGAUUCUGCCUCGACUAACAUUUUUGAUAAAGUGGAGAGUUAUGUCCCCAUGCAACAGAGUGAUAGUAAUGGUGAACAACAUGCAGGUGCAGAUGAAUCAAAAGCAGCAAGAAGAAAUGAGUAAAGGAGACCAAAAGUGA